GGUUAAUUGCGCCUCAGGAAAGGAAAUCUAAUUCAUGUAAACUAAACGUUGCGUUUCUUCAAGACCUUAAAACAUGGGCAAGAGGAAACGGAGGGUGAGUAUGUUAUCUAUCUAUCUAUCUAUCUAUUUAUCUAUCUCUCUAUUUCAUCAGGCUCUACUAGCAUUCAUAUUUUUGCUAUUAGCUUUGUUUUGAAUUCGUGGUGCAGCAAAAAAGAAAUCGUCAAAACACGCUUCUAAGGAAUUGUUAGCGUUGUGAUAAGAUCACCGGUGUGUCUCAACUCUGAUUUUAGUCAUAAACGCAUUAUUUAUUUCCUGGGCGCGUUGGUGUAGAAAAACACCUCACCUCCUGAUUAGGGCUGAAAGAGAACAUUCUCAAUAAUGAUAUUCUCGAUCCUUAGCAGUAAAUUUUCGGAUUAUUAUCGAGACAUCUUCAAAGCUUAGGCAAAUUUGGCCUCAUUUUAUGAGCGAUACCGAGGUUCUACAUGGUGAAUUUCAAUAGUGUGAGCCCUUAUCUUUCGUUAAUAACUGACUUAGUUAGGCUGAUUGAAGGGAGUUACAUUUCUCAGUCACCCAAGAUUAAUGACUGAAGUAUGCUAUCCAACAUGGAACUCUCUUGUGGCCCAUAUAAAAUGUUAUUUUACUCUAAAUAUUAAUUUUAGCAAAAUUGAUGAACUUAAACCUUCUGAGAUUCAACUACGAGUAUAUGGUUGAAGUUUCUUUCAUUAUGUUUAUAGGAGAGACCAAGACGUGGAAACUGGCUUAAGAAUAGCCAGUCUACAGAUUGGGUACAAUCUAUCCGAAAGAAUGAUUUAUUUGAGGAAUAUUACAAGGUGCAGUAUUGUCUUUGGCCUCAGUUGUAUAUGGUCUUAUUCAUUUCCAAUCCCAAUAAAGGUGUUCUAUAAGAGAAGUCCACUCUUGCUGAGUCAGGAAGCCCUGAAAGCCCUGAGGGCAGAAUGAGGGAAUGGCUGAAUGGCAAAAAGACAGAGUGACAGAAAAUAACUUUAAAUCCUAUAAAUUAAAAAAAAAAAAUGGCAGAAAAUCACCCCAAAUUCUGUAAGAAAGAUUGUAAAAGAUGAUUUUUUGUGGUUGUCAAGGUGUUAAGUGGAUUAACAAGUUAAUAUAACUCUUGCUGUUUUUGCAGUUAGGUUAGUUUUGAAGAAAAUUAGCUUUAAUUCUCUAGACCUUUGCUCUAAUGUGUAUGUCUGUGAAUGAUUUUCCCCCUUUCGUGUAAAACUAUUAGAAGCUCUUUUUAAAUCUCCCAAAGCUGAGGCUGCUUCUCAAUAAUUUGCCAGUUGCCCAAUAGAAUCUUUUCAAAGAUGGUUACUGAUGGGUUGUAUUGUGUAACAAAAGGCAUUAUGGCUAGUAGCACUUUGUUUAGAGUGUUGUUUUCCUGUUUGUAGAAUCAACCUCUGUGAGAAUUCUUUCACCAGAUCAUUUGGAUUACCCCUUUGGUGUAAUUACGACUUGGAGUGCUGGAUGUUCUCUUCAAAGACUGAUUUUGAAUUAUUAGUUCUUAGAUCUCUGAGGACUUCUCCUUCAAUAAAUCAAUUUGUUACGCACUAGUAGGAACUAAGCAAGAAGUUUCAUAGGUUUGAAAUGUGUGGACACGUCAAAAAUAGAUUUCUCAUUGAAUCAUUUGCCUUCAAAAAUUGUGGCAUGUAGAAAGUUAAUAUUUUCUUCUUAUAUAUCAGCUGUGAAUUUAAUUGUAGAAUGAUACCUGAUUGCUUCUAGAACAAAGUGGUUUAACUCUGACUACACUCAUGCAGGACAUUCAAUAUGAAAUUUUAUGUAGGAUGAGUCAGGAUUUGGGGUAAUUUCUGGCCAUUCCAUCCUUUAGGAUUUGGGUAAUUUUCAGCCAUUCCACCAAUUUGUCAUUCUGCAACCCAACUUUUAGGGUUGCCCACUGAAUCAUGUUAGCCUGAUUCAUUGGUGUUGUAUUCCAUCUUCUGAGCUAGUGAUGGUACAGCCAGACAGCAUCCAUAUUGAGGGUUUGACAAGGUUAGGUCAUCUCAAGGUAGUCUGGAUUUAUCCUGUAGAACUAUAGAUACAGUGGAAUUUCCAUUCAGAGGAUGCAUGUGGGACUAAGAAAAGUUUCCAGUGAAUAAAGGUGGUUGGGUAGGGCUUUAUUGAUAAUUAAACACAAAAAUCUAAAAAAUUGAGCUGGUUGGUUCAAAGUUGAUUGAAUCCAAAAUGUCAAACUGUUACUGCCCCUGAUGAGUGCCUUCAUCACUGAAACUAUUUUUUCACUUGGUGGUGCUUUGACUCUGGAGGAAGUCAACUGAACUGAUAACUCUUGCCGCACAAUUCAUGUCUGUCAUAAAAAGGCAUAUGUUGUUAAAAAGGUCAUUUUGUGAAAGCUGUCAUCAUAGUAAUUAUCAGUACUAUACACUCUUUGGGGUCAUUCAUGUUAUGACUGCUAAAGGUGUCUACUGAAUGGUGGUUAAAAGUGGGCUUUGGGACCCAGAAUAAGUAACCCUUUCCCUGAAUAGCAGUGUCCCUUUAAUAAAGGUAACAGAUGUAAAGGUUUCAUGAACAUUUCUCCGGGAUCAAAGUUUUUGUCCUCCCUGAAGGACACCCCCUGAGAUGUCUCCUGAAUAGAGAUUUCAGAAAGGAGAUGUUCCAAUAUAGUAUAAUUCUCAAGUGCAAAUUGAUAAGAAUUGAAUUAUGACUGUUUUAAAUACAAUAUAUGAAGUUCAUUAUUUUCAUUGUCUUUGUCUUGGUAAAUUACUUCAGGUUAUAAAAUAUGCAUGGUAUAUGGACUUUGACUGAUGGAGAAGGUGCACAUUAUCUUUAUUAAUACAGUCAUGUGAUGUUGUCUUUUCCAACACAGACUCUUAAUAUAGUUCCGGAAGAAGAGUUUCCUGCAUUUAUUGCAGCUAUGCAGUCAGAGCUUCCAAGCACAUUUCGCAUCACUGGAACAAGAAGGUAAAAAAUUACAUCUAUCUUAUAUAUUGCACUCAGUUUUUUUGUAAGAAGUCAUAAAAAUUAUCUCCUAUUAAUUACCCCUGAUCAUAAUGUAUUGGAUAAUGAACAAUAAAGAAGACAAGUUUGGCUGAAGAAGAUUGAGUUAUAUUUUAUGUGGAUUGCAGUUGCAAAAAGCUUAGUUUGGUAUUUGAAAGUUUAAUUGUCAGACUUUCAUCCCCAGGCAGGACCCAUUUUUAGGCUAUUGUAUAGUGAUCCAGGUUUUAUUUUAUUCUUUUGCAUAUAACACCAUUAGCAACAAAAGGGGGGAAAGACAUCUUGAUCUCAAGAAAUACAGUUAAAAAAACUAUAGUGGCUCAAAGAAUCAAUGUUUAAAAACCACAAGUCAUUGACUAUGACACAUUUUGUGUGCCAUUUCCUUUUUGUUGAUAGUCAUGCCCAAGACCUCUUAAAUUGCAUCAGGAAAUUUUUCCUUGAUGAUAUGCACAAUAUUCAAUGCGAAGGAGGAACAGCUGACCCACCAACACCUCUUUCUUGGUAAGAAUAUUGCUAUCUGUCACAAUUGUAAGAUAUUGCCAUCACUUGGAAAAUACAUGAAAGUCUGAAAAAAGUACAGCAAGUUCUUAAUAGAACUUAAGGCUUUACUGGUAGCCUACCAACAUUUUUGUCAGUUUCCUUUCACAAAUAACACACACAUCCGCACACAUCCAAGAAAUGAUAAUCAAAGACAAAGUGAGGUUAUUAUCUGUAGUAUUGUCUAGUAUAUUUUAUUAUUUCUUUACAGGUAUCCUGAUGACCUAGCCUGGCAAAUCAAUUUAACGAAGAGAUUUAUCAGAAAAUCAGCAUCCAUGGAAAAGUUUCAUAAUUUUUUGGUUCAUCAAACAGAAUCUGUAAGAUAAAAUUUUAUUAUCAGUGGUUGCUCUUGUAAAUAAAAGGUUAAUUACUUAGUUACCACUUCACAUCCAGUUGCCUUUAUGUAAUUUCAUCUAAAGUCACAAAACACAUAUCUUUGUUGACGUAGCCUGUAAGGACAAUUGAGGUUUCCCUAAUUCAUACCUUGGUGGUUGAUCUUAUUCACCUUUGAACGUUUGCUACUCUUGGAUAAGUUAACUCCAUUGUUUUAGCCUUCCAGUUACAAUAUAGAGAAACCAAAUUAUCUUUAUGGGCUGUUAUAUAGUUGAUUCUAUUUAUUUUUUACCUUCAGGGAAACAUUAGCCGUCAAGAGGCAGUCAGUAUGAUUCCUCCUUUGCUUUUAGAUGUCAAACCAGGUCAAAAGGUUAGCAGUUUUGGAGCUCAGAUUGAGUCACAGAGUGACAUGAUAGUGGUCUGAUUAUGUAAACGAUAAAUACAAUGCUUGAGCAAACUUUUUUUAAAAUGAUUUGAUAGCAGUUUACUAUUCUGGCCAUGAUAAGUAAAUUAAUUUUUUGUUUGAAUUUUUUUUAAUGUCUGAUAGUCUGAAGAGUCCAUUGUCUCUUGCCCCAAUCUGCAGGAGGACUAUCUUCUGCCUGAGUGCAUAUCAAGGGACUGGGGCUGGGACUUAAUGCAUAUCAAGGGAUGGGGCUGGGGCUGUUUUUGCAAAGUGGCUAAGGCUAUCCACUGGAUAAAUCCCUAUUUGGUGGAUGUUGCAGUAUGUUUUGUUAACACUUAACUGCUGGAUAGUGAUUUUUCUUAAAUUCAGGUGAACUAAGUGAUUUUGGUUCCUUCUUUACAAGUAGAUGAGUGUGUUAGUUUUAGAUUUUAUGCACCAAAGCUUGAUCAAGCUAGAUGCAUUUUCAUGUUUUUUAAAAAGGAAAGAGAAAAAAACAACUUCCUGGACUGUAAUUGAACUGAAUACAUGAUUAAUUUUGACAUAGAUACUGGAUGCCUGUGCUGCUCCUGGCUCCAAGACUGUUCAACUUAUUGAACUUCUUCAUGGUGAGGAAUCUCAAGGAAUUCCUGGUAGGUUGUGUCAUUCCUUUGUACUGGUGUUCAUGUUGUCCUUGAUUAUUUUUCCUUUAAAAAUAAUGAUUAGAGUCUGUCUGGAGAAGGAGCUAUUCUUAAUCAGCUCAUAAUAGUUUCAACUCAUACAUGUAUUAAAAUUUGAAAAAUGUUUUCAUCAGGUCAAAUACUUGUAGGUCAGUCAUCUUCAUCGGUUAAGAGUUAUCUUCCAGUAAAAUCUUGCAUUUGGAAAUAUCUGGAGUGAAUUGCUGUUUCAGGCUCACUAAAAUUUUUUCUUUGUUUCUUUCAGAUGGUCUUGUUGUAGCAAAUGAACUUCAGAACAAGAGAUGUUACAUGCUUGUUCAUCAAAGCAAAAGACUUAAAAGUCCAUGUUGUUUAAUUACAAACCAUGAUGCAUCUCUUUUUCCUGCCAUGUUUAUCAAAGGAGUAGGUUGACUUAAUAUUCUUGUGACAAGUAUUAAAUAUAAUAUGAUCCUUAAGUUAUAUCAAUAUUUACAUCUUCUAAGCAUCAAUGUCUUUGUAAAAGUGCCAAUAAUAGAUACUUAUUUUAGUAGUAUAGCAAAGUAAGAUUACACUCCUAUGUAAGAAAUUUUAGUUGCCUGCCAAGAAUCGGCUUAAUUUACCUGUGACUCAACUGUGACAGAGGAAAAAUCUAAUUUAAUUUGCAAAAGUUUGAUAAAGAGCUUUUUUUUUUGCAAGGAGACUUAAUUUCAGAAGAGGAGAGUUGCAUUUGUCACUGUUGUUGUACAUGUUUAGAUUGUCUUUGUGUGUUUUGUUUUGUUUUGUUAGGAAGAUGAUAAAAAGAUACCAGUUAUGUUUGACAGAAUUUUGUGUGAUGUCCCAUGCAGGUGAGUUAUCAAAUAAUUUUUCUUUGUUAAUACCUUUCUCAAAGUUUCUCAGUGUCAACCCAAAGGUAACUUUCUUUUACAGUGGAGAUGGAACUCUGAGAAAAAAUCCUCAAAUAUGGAAGAAAUGGAGUCCACAGCUUGGCUUAAGUUUAUUUAGGUUUGUAUGUAAAAUUGAAUUGUUAUUGUGGCUUAAUGGAUAACCCAUUUUUGUAAGAAAAAAGAACUAAAGAUAUUUUUCUUUUCAGAGUGCAGCUGCGCAUUUUAGCCCGAGCAGUAGAGAUGUUGGCAACUGGAGGUCGCAUUGUAUACUCCACUUGUACUCUUAAUCCAAUUGAAAAUGAGGCAGUCAUCUGCACUUUGCUACAGAAAGCAGAAGGUGCUUGACAUAGUAUUUCACCGGUCAAAUUUUGAAUUUGAGUUUUAUUUCUCUAACCUUUUUACUCCUAAGAUCUUAUUUGUAAUUCUUGGCACUGUCUGUCAUAUAAUUCUUAUGAUAUUAGUUCAAAGAAUUUGUUACUGGAUCAAUUAAUAAUCCCCUAAUUGAUACUUUUCUGUAUUCUUGUCAGUUGUUUGCAUGAUAUUUUAUUGACAUUGUAAGUCCAAAUUCUUUCUUGGUGACUCAUGGGAGUUUAGGUUUAAGCAGAGCAAGAGUUAUUUGAAUAUUUUAUGUCUUAUUCCGAAAUUUUGCUUCAAGAAAACAGAGGUAAAAACUGGCUCCUGCAAGGAUACGUGUAUGACACUAUGUAUUGUUGUCUAGGUGCUGUGGAACUUGUAGAUGUAUCAUCAUAUCUUCCCAAACUAAAGCGAUCCACAGGCUUGAGGACAUGGAAGGUAAAAUGAAAAAACUGUUUGAUUUGCUACAAGCUUGCAGAUGAAAUUCACAAAUAAAGUCAGUGACCUCCUUUUACUUCUAGCUUUUCUAUUGUAUUUAUUACUUGCAAGUGGACUGUGAUCUAAUUUCUUUGGAUGGAACUCAACCUCUUGACUACCUCAAAUAUUUUAAUUUCAAAUUGAUUUUGUGUGUAAUAUGGUUUCUUAAUCAAAUCUUACUUUUUGUCAUAUUCACCAGUAUUGUCAAGGCAUUAACCUUUCUACUUCUCCUUAUUUCAAAAUGACACAUUCAGAUUUUUUUAGAUGCAAAGGAAGUUUCCAUAAUGUCAUCGGCAUCUUCCAAAAAUUAUUUGAUCAAAUUUGUUCAACACUUGUUGGGUCUUGGGAUGAAUCCAAUUUUAAACAAAACAGCUUUACAACUAUAUGACCGAAAGAUAUAUACAUUAAGGCAGAGAGAGCCUCUGUAAUAGAGUGAGUAUGAAGUGAUCAUCAAAGGUAUCAAAAUAUGGAUUAGGAAAGCAAUAUUUUAGAUGGUUUCAAGGUUGUUGCAAGGACUUCAGUGAUUAACUCUCAGUCGUGUGUCUAGUAACAUGUUACAGCAAUGAAGUUAUAGAUUGCAUUUAUUAUGCUGCAUGUUGUGUUCAUGUAGUUAACAAACAUGUUGCUUAAGUUUUAAAUUGUUUCAUUGCAGAUCAUGACAAAAAACAUGAAAAUUGUUGAUAAUUGUGAUCCAGGUACAGAAUUUUUUGCAAAAGGAUUCAAACCAGAAAUGUUACCUCCAUCAGAGGAUGUUAUUGUAAAACUACACAUAGAGAGAUGGUGGGUAGAUCUUUGUUGUGAUGUAGUGUUCUGAUAGGAGACCAUUAUAGAGUAUAAAGUUCAUUAGGUUUUUCAUGCACACAUUGCUAUGUAAACACUUCCACAGAAUUAUUUUUUUGACAGUUAUAUAAUUUUUAACUUUGUAAGAUUUGACUGAACAACAGCAACCCAUCUAUUCCACUUGCUGUAAUAGAUGGGUUGCCAACAAAAAGUGAUAUAUAUCAAAUAAUGUAUUUUAUUACUAACACAGCCUCAGGUUACUUGUAAGUAGGUGCAGUGGUCUGUAUUAGUUUUGUUGUCAGUCAUUAAUUCUGGGAAAGCUGAUUAAUUUGAUUUCAUCAAGAUAGUGGGGGUUUCUAAUUUAUUCUUGCAACUGUUUCCUAUGAUGACUUAAUGUGGAUCCAGUGGUUGGUAACUACAGUUUCCUUUUAUUAAUUUAUUUCCCACACAAAAUGUAUAUGAACCAAAGAGGACUUUGAAGCAAACUAAACUUAUAUCAGUGUGAGAACUAAUAAGUCCACUUGAUUAUGUCUUCCAAAAGCUAAUGAUUGAUUCUACAGAUUAUAUACCGAGCUCUCUACCACUAACCCGUUACUGCAAAUAUAUUUUUUUCUGCCAGCUCUCCAAUAAUGCUGAUAAAGCCAUAGGAAACACUUCUAUCCAAAAAAAUCAAAACGGCCUUUUGAGUUUCAAGGACUCUGGUCAAGUGGCGGAAUGUAAUUUAUGUUUACCAACCAAAUGUGGCUCUUAAGAAGUAUAAAAUACGAUUGAUCAAUAAAAUGUGGAAAAGUUUGAAGUCUUUAAAGCGAGUUUGAAGGCAAACAAGUGUCUUUCUUGUAAUGCAAUACUUGUUACUUAGAGUUAAAAAUGGUCGAGUGGAUUAUUUCUGUAUGUGACAAUCAUUGUUGAAUGAACAACACGCGUGUGCCAUCAGGGUCGAUACAUUGAAGCACAUUACUCUGAUAUUCGGGGUAUUUUUGGCUGACAUCUUCCAUAGUAUCAUGAUUAGUUUUCAGAUCUUCAAAUCGUUGUGUAUCGACAGUGAAUACAAGGGCGCCAAAGCCACUUUGACGGUCCAAGUCUGGAUUGUUAAAGUUGCAGCGUUUUACAGUCCAGUAUUGCAACUCGAGGGUCGUGUAAGGUCUUUUCCAAAGCCACUCUCGGAUUUCUACAGCAUUCACGUCAUCUGAUGGUGGUUUUUCAUCUGUACAAGCCAAGAAAUAAAGAUCAAACAUGUCUGGAAUGUUUUGCCUUGAAAGAAGUUUCAUGCCUAGUGAAGACUCAUAGAACCUGAGGGAUUCUUUGAUGUCGGAGACUCGAAGAGUUAUUUGACCCACGUGUGUUUGCUGACGUAGAGCGAAGGUUGGAUUAAGAAAGCAUUUUAUCCGCUCAGAACAGAAGUUGCUUUGGAAAUCACGUUGCAAUAGUUCUAUGGAAUACCCAAAAGGGUCGCUCAAGUGACACAGGUAGCCAAUGUCUCGAAACUGUCUGGGUUGAGUUAUAUCGACUCCGUGGCUCAUAAGCUGUGACCGAGCAGUGUCCACAUCAGCUAGAGACAGUCCAAUCUUCCAGUACACAUCUUGAGAUGGUUUGGGUACGUAAAGCUUGGGUGGACUGGAUUGCUGAAUGUGAGAUCGAAACUCAAUACAUGCCGACUUCGGGUUAUUUUCGAAACCAACCCAGUGUAUCAAAUCGGUUUCGCUUCGCAUCUCUUUUAGCACACUCAUUCCCAGUCGUUGACAAUACCACUCAAUAAGCCCUGUGGUGGCAGAUGUAUCCACAUGGAGUCGGGGAAACGCCAGCUUCAUUUCUCUCAGUUAUCUUAUCGCGAUAGAGAGGAAUGAUUAUCAAAAGUUUUUUACCUUCACAGCUCCUUCGUAGGAAACAAUCCUCGACACCAGUCUCUUUCUUUGGACUCGCACGCAACGAGCUCCCCCACGAAGGAGGGAGCGUGUUACAUGUAAUCGUCCGUGUAACCUCAAACGGAGAAAUCGAGGCUAAAUUUCUACCAAACUUGCGUUCCACGAUGCAUGUUUGAGUCAGGAUUUUUUUACUUUUUUUUUUUUUCUUUUCACUUAUAGUUUUUAAUAAUAGGUUAGAAACCUGUCCGUGAAGAAUUUUAUUGUUUUCAGCACUAACCUGUCUUUCCUAAGAAUACUUUCUUAAAUCAUACAACCCAGCUUUUUUAUUACAUUUUUUUUUUACCCAAUUAUCCUAAAACUUUCAGAUUUCCUCAAACCUUACACCAACCUGGCAUGGUCCCGAUCAUUUUCAAGCUGUAGCAGCUGAACAGACUUGAACAGUGGAAUAUUUCCUCUUGAGUGUAUUAGCAAGGGCGUAGUCCAGUUCUAGUCUGAUACUUUUAACUUUGCAGUGUGAGAAUAUAUCCCCAUCAGCAGGACACUGGUGGAUUUUUCAUAGCUGUUCUUGAAAAAAAGAAGCCAUCACAUUGGGAAAAUGGAAACAGGUGUACUGAUAACCCGAGGCUACUACCCUGGGAGAGCAUGGCAGACUGGCAGGUAAGAUUCUAUACAGUAAAACACUUCAUCAUGGUAAAUAAUUAUAGGUACCUUCCCUUGUAUAUCUUUCCUCAAAUAACUAUAGGAUCUCAUAGGUUUUUAUCGUUUUCUAGUUACUUGAAAAUUCUCACAAAAGUAGUGCAAGUCCACACAUGUUUUUGUGACAUUUAUGCUGCAGGUUCAGAAGUGCCAUUUAUUGGUCAUUCAACAUCUCUGUUCUUCCCCCACUCCCGACCACUGAGCCCUUCUCCAUGGCACUAUAUAGAGCUCUGUGAUGGAGAUUGUGUUUUCUACGAGUUCCCGAUAAAACAUUCCUGUCCAUAGAAUAAAUCAACGAUCAGUUCUUUGCAUAGUUUGCGUUAUUUCCUUUAUUCUGCCAUCAGGAGACAAAAAAUUAGCAUUAAUUAUUUAUUUCUUUUGAAAAACCGGAUUCUAAUUUUUGGUUAUAGAUUCUAGCUUACAAAAUUACUUUCACUGGAAAAUUUGUCUGUAUGUUGCUUCAUUUUACAGGCGAGAAAAGAGGCAAAAUGCGGAAAACAGGAAGGUAAAGUUGCCUCACGGACGCCUAAUGAGACCACAAAAACUGACUCUGAUCAGAGUAAUGUGAAACAGCAAACUGAAAGAGGGACAGAAAGGUCAGAAGAGCCUGCUUCUUGUGAACUUGGCAUCAACAAUCAGGUUGACAAUGAUUAUUGUGAGCAAUCUGCAAGCACCAAUGAAGUUAUGGACUACGAACAAGACGAGUCCGACAAACUUGAUGAACUGGUUAAUGACGAUGAUUCUAACGGUGAAAAAACUGAAUUAGAUCUUGCUGAAGAUGAAGAAGCUAACAGGUUGACAAGUGAGAGUUUUGAAGAACACGACAGCACAGAAAAUGGUCAACAGGAGGAACAUUCUUCAGGCGGAAACAAAGAGAGUGAUAACGGCACUGUCAACAAUUCUGGAGAUUCGUCGCAAGUGUGAGUAGUGGUUAUUUUGUGGAUCUGUUGUUAUGAAAAGCUUAUUUGAAUGCGAUAAAAGACAGGUAAAUUUCGCUCCAAAACAUACACAGAUCAAAUUUAAUCAAACGUGAGUUGUUAAUUAGGGAUCUUAUUUCAGUGGAAGAGUCGUUUCAUGAACGUUCUUAGGUGAACCCUCUUUGACUGAAUGAAGAUUAACGUCAUAUCCAUUAAAAGUUUCGAAUACCGACAUCCGGUCCUUAGUGGAUCCAGUCAUGUGCUCUUUCUCGUGGGAGGUAGAAGGGCGCUUAUUUCAAGGAAGGGUCUCACUUGUAGCGGGAUGCAUAUAACUUAAGUCAAUAUUAACUGUCAUUUAUGGUUAAUUGUUCGUUAAGAAACUAUUAAGCUGUGCCGACGGGCAAGUGAAACAAUAAGUUUAUUAGAACUUGAUUAAUGUAGGGUAUUUCGAUAGUCGGAGCAAAAAAAUAUUGUUAUUUCCGAUCUAUUCACCCUAAUUUAGGGCUAGCCUCGAAACUUUAACUUGUGUGGCUGGUGGGUUUUUGUUGUUGUUGUUUGAUGAAAAAGAAGGCAACGGAGCACAAAGGUGCACAUGAUACAACUGAACCCCCCGCUCCACCCCUCCAUGGUAAAUAAUAAACCCAACUUGUUUUGACUGUCUGCUGAUCUAAGCUGUACAAUUUUUGCCUCUUUAGUGAUCAACCACCAGCGAAAAAAGCUAAAGUGGAAAUGAAAGGGUUUAAAGAAGACCCAUUUGUAUUUCUCAAAGAAGAUGACGAGCACUGGCCUCAAAUUAAGUAAGAGAUUACUUAAGUAACAUAAGGGAUCGUACGUGAAUUAAAAGGCUGGGAUAUUUUGAAACAAGUGGAUAUUGAAACGUACCAUAUUUCACUAAAAAUAAAAACGUACUCUAACGUAUGCUGUCAUUAUAUGGAGACUUCAUACCGUUCUUCAUGUGAGUGGUAUGUUACAAUGCUAAUCAUAAGCUUUUUACUUACCUCGGUAUUUGAAGGGACAGUAACAAAUUAUUGUUAUGUUCUGUGAAGUUGUGCUUAGUAAUUAAGUAAACAAGUCGGAUAAGAUUUGGGGAUGUUUGUCGUAGUGAUAUGAUUACUAAGGAACAAGUUUGUGGAGAGUGUUUGCACCGAUAUAGAUAAACCUUACAACCUGGAGGAUGUCUCCGUCUUGGGGCCUCAUGCCACGUAUGUAUGUAUGCCCAAGAAGAAAUAAAGAGAUGUAGAGGUUCAAUGUACGCAUUUAAAUGCAUAUUCAGUUCGAUGUUUAAAUGUAAAUAUUAUAUUGUAGGGAAUUUUACGGUAUAGACGAUUCUUUUCCUGCUGAUCAACUCCUGGUGAGAUCCGUUGGUGGGAAGAAAAGGAAUAUUUAUCUGGUGUCCAAAGCAGUCAAAGAUGUCAUGGAGAUGGUCACUGACGAACACAAGGUUUGUUUAACGGUUCGUGUGGUGUCAAACAUGUGAAGUUUACGACGCUCAAGAGAGCAGAAUGUAUGUCAGGUAUUCAAACUGUGUCGCAGUUGUGUAUUAGGAAGUUAGAUCAUUGAAAUAAGGGUGAUGUGAAUGAACACCUCCCCUUCUCCUUUCCUCGGUAACAGAAUUUUCACCCAACAAUGCCCGAUGACAGACUUCCCAGAGACUACUGACAUUUUUACUAUUUAUAAAGUCGAAGAUACGAUCGCUUCAUGUAACCCGAGAUACAUAUUGAAAUGGUUUCGUUCCAGGUGGUUAACACAGGGAUGAAGGUGAUUGCCCGGGCAGAGGUUGACAAUGCAGGAUGUCUGUUCAGACUGAUGCAGGAGGUAUGAACAUGUGAUUACUAUGCCAUACACUGAACGUGAUUGAGGAUGAAUUGCUUGAGACCCAUUUUCUCGCUUGCUUUCUUAUUCUUAUAUGUUCCUCUUUAAGGCAGUAAAAGGAGUCUACAGUGCUGCGGAAGCACACUAAUUAAAAUUAUGGUGGAAAAUUCUGCGCUUGCAGUUUUUUCUUUUUGGUUGUCUGUUUGUUUGUUCAAUUUUCUGUUUUCUUUUUUUUGCCAUUUUUGUGGCUUACAUAAGGAUAACUCAGUUCCCGUACGCAAACAAAGUCGCUUUUUGGUCCAGUAUUUCCGUCAUUACGGAUGUUUUUGACAAUAAUUUCUCAUGUAUUUAACAAGCUAACUUUGAUUGAAGGAUUAAACAUUUCUGAGAAAGGACUCUUUUCUUAAUUUCACAGGGUAUCGAGGCUGUACUACCAUACAUAAACAAACGCAAAGUUACCAUCCCACAGAAGGAUCUCGUCAUCUUGUUGACUCAAGACAGGCCUUUCUGCACUGAAUUUUCAAGUGCGACAAAAGAGCAGUUGGACAAAAUUGAAGGUGUGCUUAGACUGAUGUAUUAGGCCUACCUGGGAAGAAUUGGAAAGAUGGACGCUGAGAAUUGAAAUACUAUUUUGUAACUAUUGUGUUAUUGUGGUAGAGAUUGUCACUCCCUAGCUGAGCAUUGCUCUAGUUAAAAGCACUUGAAAGCAUUUAGAAAUCGACCAAUGCUGCACUUGUAUACCAUUUUGCUUUAGAUGUUGACUACCCUCUUUCCUCACUCACUCUUUCCUUGCUCUCCUAUCAUAAAGUUUGUUGUCAAUAACUAAAGUACAUGGAUAUAGUUACACUAAGUAUUUUUAUGUUUCUCUAUUAGGAUGGGUCCAUGAUAAGAAAUUCGUUAGGUUUUUACACUCUUGCUUCGGCAUUUUUCAGAUCAAGGCUGUAUUGUGUAUGUUUAUGAACCCAACGGUCCAUACAGGUUAGUAGUUCGCUCUCAAGUUAACUUUCAUGUCAAGGAAACUGAGCAUCUUAACAACUUAGUCGUGCAAUGCAUGAACUACAAACUUAAUAGGGGCCAGACAGGAUUUAUAAUCCACAUUCUUUAGGAAAUUCAGCACCAAAGAUCGCUUCAUUAUUUUGCCUCUGUCUUUGUGUUUAAAAUCAUUGUUCGAAAUUCUUUCGAGUAGUUUCGCAAGUGGUCUUGACUCCAAUUGCUUACCUUUCUGGUACGUUGUACAGAAUAUGUUGAGCUAUUUGAAAAACCCCAAUGAGUUUAAUGGCUGCUUGAUUUUCUGUCCUAGCUUUCCUGAGGAUACUAUAGGGAGUAGACUUGUAAUCUGCGGCUGGAAAGCUAAAGUUUCCACACGGGUCCAGAUUAGUAAAUUUGACAGAACUCACUACAGUAUACUGUGUGGUUUACCACCUGGAAAUAAGCAAAAAGGUAUUCAUAACUUAGUAUUGUUCUUAUUUGAUGCGUUUCGUCCAUCAUGAAAGUUAUUACUAUUAGUUUCUUUAGCGCCACCGUUGGCGCGGCGUAGCCUUGCAGAGGAGGCUAUCACUCCAAUUUUGUGAUGGCAAUCAAAGGAAGGGCUGUUUCUCAUUUUUAGGGAAGAAAGACGCAGUGGACUCAAAACAGGAAACGACUUCUAAAGAAGAUAAAGACAAUGAACAAGGUGACGACGAGAAAAACCUGGAUUUUAUCGGCGACUUUCUUAACGUGGAGCCACCAGAAGGUUCACUUGACGUGGGUUUUAUAUGAAAGCUUAUUUCUUUCGUAUACCUCCUUGUUAAGUUGUACGCUGAAUAAAAUAACUUGUCAAAGUCGUUAUUCUCAUUUCAUGCAGAGACCAGUCAGCUAAUCACUGCUUCCAGGGUCCUUCAACCUAGAAAUUAACAAUAAAACACACACCACCACUGAUAUUUCGAAAUCCCCGCGCAUCUCUCACAAUUCAGUGCCAGACCCUCGCAGACCUCUUGUCGGUUCAUACUACUCAAGGCCUCAACCUUCCUCGCGAGCGAAGAAAUCUCAUGCCGCAGCGCUAAUAAUGAGGGCCUUGUCGCGAGCCAGACUUCUGAUCGAGAGCUCUGGGUUUGAGCUCCGAGCGAGACACUUCAGAUUAACGAAUGGUUUUUUGAAUAGCUGAAACCUCCGGGAAAAGCUUUAAAUUUAGUUGCUUUAUUCGUAGAGUUCAUGUUCUUUUAGAGGAAGAUUAGUCACUAUUGUGUAUUCUUUUUAAUACCGUGAAUGUUCGAAUGAACGUCAGCGUCUUCGAAGCUGUGCUCUAGUUCUAGAAGGAGCCAAUAGGUUAAUAAAUGAAUGGGGUGUAUGGCUCUUCUCUAUCGAUCACUUUAAGUAUUCUUACGGGACAGAUGGUCUUUCUAGACCUUAAUACCAUGGUGCAAGUCAGAUCAUGGUGCAAAUUUCAAACUUUAAAUAGAAAAAUAUCUUAGAGUAUAGAAUUCUACUCUGUAAGAAAGGAUCUCGAAAAUCUAGGAGAGCGAUGGAGGAUUUUAAGUAGAAAGGUAAAAUUACAUGAACCCACCAGUGGCGACUGUGGAAGGGAAUCACAAGUAAUGUUAGCGCGCACAGUGAUGUGUUUCUGUUGAGAUAUUUCCUAGUUUUGUUUAUUGUUCCCUUGUCACUCGGAGAAAUAGCGUACGAAAUUGACAUGUUUCGAUGGAAGCUGAAAAAUUAUUAGUAUCUGGUCUGUUACUGAGUUUCUAUUAGUAGAGCUAAUGUGUGAUCGCAGUGGGAUAGUUUUCCAUAUUGUUCCUGUCAAUGAGUUAAACAAGAUAAUUAGCAAAGAGCCCUGUAUAGAGGGUCCCAAUGGGGUUAACCGUUAGCCGUAAAACGGCCAAAAUAUUUAGCCGUUAGACGUAAAAAAUGACAAAUUUUAACCGUUAGUCGUAAAAAAAGUUAACCGUAAAAAUAUCUCUGGUGGAAACAAUGGAAAGGUGUUAACCGUUAGCCGGAAAUUGGCCAAAAUUUGAACCGAUAGCCGUAAAAGCCAUAACCCCAUUGAGACCCUCGGUAUACAAUAGACCAUUUCGGAGUUCAUGUAAUCCUCAUAAUCAAGACAAGGGUUAUCGGCCAAUCUUUGUAAUGGAUAGUCUCACUUUAACAACAAGGUUUUAGAUGAAGUCUUACUUAGAAAGUUAGGAUUUUAUGAACAAAAAGAAAUUCAGCAUCUCUCAAAGUGCCCUAAUAGAUUCAGUCAUGAUAGCAUGCGAGAGUUGUUUUUUCGAAACAAAAAGAGAGCAUAACUUUCAAAAGAACGAAAAUAUCGCAUUACUUCACCUUAAGAGAGAGGAAAAAAACUUUGUUUAUCUUAACUCAUACAGGUUUUUUUCAUUGGUCUAUUGUCUCUAUUGUCUAAAUACUUCGAAGCAAAAAUAAAAUGCAUCAGUCCCACGCCCACAGUUGUCUCUUUGCAGCCGUUGUUUGGUCUCGUCACACAACAUGUCUUCUCCUAUGGAGAGAAAGCGCGUUGCGUGACGAGAUCAAAUGACGAAUGCGAAAAGGACUGCGCUUACUGCCGUU